GCUGCUAAAUACUGCCCGCGAAGUGACUGAUUUCUUCAGUCCCGGAAUCUUUUCCUUCUCAAAUCCUACGCCCUGGAAUAGUAUAAACCAACAUGGUAGCCCACGGAGACAUGAUGAUGGACAUGGCCAUGGCCACAGCAACAUCCACAGGAGCCAUGAGCUCGAGCACCGCGUCACACUCAAUGGACAUGGGAGGUAUGCACGGUGGCGGGUCAAACAGCUGCAAGAUCUCAAUGUUAUGGAACUGGACCGUCAAAGACGCCUGCUUCCUCUCCAAACAAUGGCACAUUACCUCCAAUGGCAUGUUCGCCGGCUCCUGCAUAGGCGUCAUUCUCCUAGUGAUCUGUCUCGAGUUCCUCCGUCGCGUCGGCCGCGAAUACGAUGCCUUCAUUCUCCGUCGCGCCCGUCUCAGAGCCCAGUAUCUCACGGUCCAAUCUCAGUCAUCAACCCCAGCCGCAGCCUCAGACGCAGAAGAUGUCGCCACGGCCACAAAAGCCUCCUCAUCCGCUCAGCCUUCCGCGGUAAAGGCACCCAAUUGUCCGGCCGCGGAGGUCCCUGUCCGACCGACCCUCGUCGAACAGCUGGUGCGCGCCCUCAUGCACAUGCUGCAGUUUGCUGUGGCGUAUUUCAUCAUGCUGCUGGCGAUGUACUUCAACGGGUACAUUAUCAUUUGCAUCUUUAUUGGAGCGUUCCUGGGAUCGUUUUUGUUUACUUGGGAGCCGUUGCAGCUGGGAAAGGAGAAUGAUGCCCUUGCCGUGACGAAAUGCUGUGGAUGAUCUAGUUGUGGUGCGAAGAAAAGCUGACUGUUGAAUGUCGUUCUGCCUUCUGAUACCCAUUUACCUACAAACAAACAUAUUCAAUGUAUAUCGAUGCCAAUAACAGACUUAUCUUUUUUUGACAUGUCUAUUAAGUAUGUCUUGGUGUCAAUGGCACGAUUGGGUCUACGGCUCUUCAUAAGACCCCUGUUUUGCUUUGAUGUAGCUUGGGUGAAUUGGAUCCAUGUAGUAAUUACUGAGCCCCAAUGUAUGUAAAUAGAGUGAGUCGUUCUCAGUGCUGUACUUGUCGGAAUUGUCUUUCGCUUCCUU